AUGCGUCUCACCUCCGCCCUCGGUUCCAUCGCGGCCCUCGCCGCCGCCACCGCCGCCGCCGCACCCGUCGCCGCCGCCGCCACCAGCCAGUACGGCAGCUGGGCCGUCGAGUACAGCACCAACUCGGCCGCCAACGGCUGGAAGCAGCAGAAGUUCUCGGCCGUCUACUCGCUCGACCAGAGCACCGCCACCAAGACCGUGUCCUACCUCCCCAGCACCGGCGAGACCGUCACCGUCGACCCCGAGUCGUUUGUCGCCUCGUACAACGGCACUCACGUUAUUCUUCAGCAGACCGUGGACAUUGAGGGCACGCAGACUACCAUCUAUGGAAGCGCGCCGCUGGAGACCACGUGCGGCGGCACUAACGGUCGUCUCUGCACCGGCUCCGCUACUGUUGAGGUCACCGAGGCGACUGCUUGA